AUGUGUUUCCUCCUGGUGUUCUGCGAGAUCCUGAUCUUUGUGCGAGACGGGCAAUACUCUCAUACUCUGAAUGUGAACGUCAAGGAGAUCAACGGUCGCAUCCUAGACCUCAUGGACGGGCGCAUUCAUGAGUUGAGAAGCGCGGACACCGUGGACAGAGAAGACGACGACGGGCUGGAUGUGGACGUAAAUCUCCUCAACCAGGCCACUGGCAAAGGAGUGCCAGAUCACGUCCUGCGUCUCAAGGUCGGCUCCGUAUGCUUAAUCAUGAGAAACUUAAAUAUCGACUUAUCGGCAAACACGCAACCUAUCGGAAUUCCCCGGAUUACGUUCAGGUUCGCGUUUGCCGAAGGAUCGCCGCUCCGGGUUUGUCGCCGUCAGUUCCCCCUCAUGUUGGCGUACUGCAUGACUGGUCACAAGAGCCAAGGCCAGACAAUUGAGUACGUCGGAGUCGACCUGAGAACGGACUGCUUCACUCAUGGCCAGCUCUACGUCCUGUUGAGCAGAGUGAGACGUCCAGACGACAUCGUCGUUCUUGUACCAGACGACAGAAUAGUAGAAGGAGUCGCCUAUGCAAAGAAUAUUGUAUAUGACGAGCUCCUUCUAAACACUGAUUAAGUCUUCGGCAGUAGGCUAGGGGAUCUGCCACUUAAAAAAAACUCCCCGUCGUGAUUUGACCUAGCAGUAGGC